CUUUGAUUUCCGAUCAAUUGAGGGAACAGAAAUGUUCCCUGGCGCCUGCCUAGUCCGUCGGCCUUCAAAGCAGCAGCAUGACGGCAGGGUGGAACAUGAAUGUCAGCAGGACCACACCGGGAGGUGGGCGCACGCUGUCGCCCCGCAUUUACAUAACAGCAGUACAGUGUGCAACCUGGUGAACCUGAGUCUGUGGCCUCUGGUGAUCCAUUGGAGGACCCACGGGCGCUGGGCCCUUGGCGAGGGUCUCUGUGAGGUCAUGGUGAGCGCCAAGCAGCUGACUUCCUCAGCAUCAUUCCACUAUGUGUGCUUCAUCUCCUUCUCCAUCUACCUCACGGUGGUGUGUGGCUGCGGUGGUCUGGUGAACAGCAAGGUGUUCCUGGUCCUGGAGGUGCUCUUCCCCCUGCUCCCAGUAGGGCUGAAGGAGCUGACCGAGUGGAUCCUGGCGAGCAGGGUGGAACAUCUGGACACCUUUAACCACACCUGCUUUUCCUACAUCAACGAUAAAGUCAUCCGGGUUCUCACGCUGGUCAAGAUCGCUGUGUUCCUGCCUCUGAACGUGUAUUUCUACGCCCAUGUGCUGCACACCAUUGUCAGGAGUGCCCUGGAGAUGCACAGGAGCCAGGCAGUCAAUAGGAAACUAGCCAAAGUUUUCAGUGCCAUCUGCCUGAUUACACUGCUGGCACAUCUUCCUGGGGGGGUAUUCACCCUGAUGAACGAGCCUACAGUGUGUCAGGAGAUGGUGAAGGAGUUUCUUCUAGACCUUCCUCUCAUCUCCAGCCCCAUUGUCCUUCUGUGUAUGAAUAAAGAGCUGCGGACCCCGUGCCUGACCUUAUUAAAACACAAAGCUGGCUCUCACAGCGAGAAAGACAAGUCAGGUAGCGAGACAGAUGAGCAACACAAGAGUAUGACCACGGGGGAGACAUUCAUAACCAGCGGGUGUAAUAUGUGAGGUGGAUA